CCGGCGGGCGGGGCCGCCGCGCUCAUGUGACUCCGCCGCGGAGCCGCUGCCGCCGCCCUCUCCGCUCCUGCUCCGCAGCCGCCAUGGUGCUGUCCCCGCUCGCCCUGCUGCUGGCCCUGGCCACCACCGCCCUGGCCGAGCCCCUCCGCUUCGUCGACUGUGGUUCCAAAGACGGCAGCAUCCAAGAGGUGAACGUGAGCCCGUGCCCCACGCAGCCCUGCCAGCUCGUUAAGGGGACAUCCUACAGUAUCAACGUCACCUUCGCCAGCAAGAUCGAGAGUCAGGGCAGCAAAGCGAGGGUGUACGGUGAGAUGCUGCACGUGGAUGUACCCUUUCCCAUUCCUGAGCCUGAUGGAUGCAAGUCCGGGAUCCAGUGCCCCAUUCAGAAGGGCCAUUCCUACAGCUACCUGAACAAACUCCCUGUGAAGAGCGAGUACCCCAGUAUUAAACUGGUUGUGAAGUGGGAGCUGGUGGAUGACCAAGACCAGAUGUUGUUCUGCUGGAAGAUACCAGUUCAGAUCACCAGUUGAGGAGCCCUGACAUUAGUAGGGCUUGGGGAGGAAAAAAAGAGAAAACAACACAGGCCAAAUUAUUUUAUACAAUAAGCAUUUCUUACUGCUUCCUUCAGAGCCCUGCAGCCUCUGGGCAGCCAGUACUGUGUUCCUGCAAGGUCAGCUGUGGACAGUGAUCUUUUUACCCCAUUUAGAGCCCCUGGAGUGUUUUCACAGCAGCUCAAGGGGGAGCAGUGUCUGCUGCAGGAGUGAAUGAGCAUCAUCCUCCAGCCAUUGGAAAUGGGACUGAGCUGUUUGUCCUCAGAAAGGAAUUUCUCUGUGAUGAAUCUGGCUAGUGUCUGAGCUGCUACCUGGUAACCCUUUAGUGCCUCUUAAAGAAUGCCAGCUGCAUCCACCUUCCUGUGUCUCUCCUGCUCUGUUGCAACCGGGGUGCUCCUGGGGCCUGUGUUUGCCAUCCAUGGAGUUGAAGGAGGGGGUCUUUCCCCGAGUAUCCUGGGCUCCUGCUCAAGCCAGCAGGACUGCAGCUGGGAAGACUUCCUCUUUGUGGAUGCAAAGCCAAAUGGUGUUCGACGUCUCUGCAGGGAUGAUUCUUUCUCUAACCAAUGUUUUGCACUACUACUAACUUGGAGCUUCUGGGAGCUCCUGAACCUCUUUUUAUAACUCUCCUUUUAAUAAAGGCUAGAUAAAAUCUG